AUUGCUGUCUUUCCUGUUGUCGUUGCAGCCACUGUUUUACAGAAAAUGUUCAUGAGUGGAUUUUCCGGGGACUUGGAAGGUGCACAUGCCAAAGCCACACAACUAGCCGGGGAAGCUGUGGCUAAUGUAAGAACAGUCGCUGCCUUCAAUUCAGAAUCGAAAAUAGCUGGUCUUUUCGCCUCCAGUCUUCAACCUCCAUUGCAACGCUGCUUUUGGAAGGGACAGAUAGCCGGAGGUGGAUAUGGAAUAGCUCAAUUUUUGCUCUAUGCAUCCUAUGCCCUUGGUCUUUGGUAUGCCUCAUGGCUCGUCAAGCAUGGAAUAUCGGACUUCUCAAAGACGAUCCGAGUUUUCAUGGUCCUUAUGGUCUCAGCCAAUGGUGCAGCCGAAACUCUGACGCUUGCCCCAGACUUCAUCAAGGGCGGUCGAGCAAUGCGUUCGGUGUUUGAACUUCUAGACCGCAAAACUGAAAUUGAGCCUGAUGACCCAGACGCAACCAUGGUCCCUGACCGUCUUCGUGGUGAAGUCGAGUUUAAGCACAUUGAUUUCUCUUACCCAACCCGGCCAGAUGAUUUAAUUUUCCAGGAUUUAAAUCUUCGAGCCCGAGCUGGGAAAACUCUUGCACUUGUUGGACCUAGUGGCUGUGGUAAGAGCUCGGUCAUUGCACUUGUACAAAGAUUCUACGAACCGUUGUCUGGACGCAUUAUGAUCGACGGAAAGGAUAUCCGAAAAUACAAUCUGAAGUCACUGAGACACCACAUUGGUGUGGUGCCACAAGAACCUUGCCUCUUCGCUGCCACCAUUUAUGAAAAUAUCGCUUACGGAAGUGAGUUCGCCACCGAAGCUGAGAUAAGCGAAGCAGCAAACUUGGCAAAUGCUGACAAGUUCAUUUCAUCGUUGCCCGAUGGAUACAGAACAUUCGUUGGGGAAAGAGGAAUUCAGAUGUCUGGUGGACAGAAGCAAAGGAUUGCGAUUGCUCGCGCAUUGUUAAGGAAAUCGGAGAUAAUGCUGCUGGAUGAGGCAACAAGCGCGCUCGAUGCAGAAUCCGAGAGGUGUAUACAAGAAACUCUGGAUCGUGCCUGCGCAGGAAAAACGACAAUUGUGGUUGCACAUAGACUAUCGACAAUCAGAAAUGCUCAUGUUAUAAACGUGAUAGAUGACGGGAGAGUAGCAGAACAGGGUUCUCACUCGCAUAUAUUGAAGAACUACCCCGAUGGAAUCUAUGCACGUAUGAUACAGUUACAGAGGUUCAGCCAUGGACAAGCUGUUAAUAUGGUAUUAGGUAUGAGUUCUCAAGAUCACCAAGGCCAAUGAGUUGAAGGAAAACAGUACUAAAAAGAAGUAUUUCUAUAUACCCACAAGUUAUUUUUGACUCUCUUGUUUUGUUCACCUUUUGGUAGAGUAUAGCUUGUGUAUUAUCUUAAUUUAUAAUAAUAUAUGUUCUUGUACUUCGCAUA